AUGGAGGCAGACAUGUUUUUAGACGGUUUGCCAGGAACGACCAUAAUGGUCAAAGAUCACCAUUAUGCUUCUUCGGAAAAUAGUGAAUUAAAACGUGAUGGGGAUAUUGUGCUUCAACCUCAGCCAUCCGAUGAUCCAAAUGAUCCUUUGAAUUGGGAACCAUAUAGAAAAAACUGGCAUAUUGCCAUGAUUUGUGUGUUUACUUUGGUUACCAGUGCUAUCGCAAACGAUGCUGGUUCUGCCCAAGAUCAAAUGAAUGAACAACUUGACAUUUCCUAUGACGCUAUGGAUAAUGCUGCUGGUGUUUUGUUUAUUUGCGUUGGCUACUUUACCUAUAUCUUCAUGCCUGCUAGUCAGUUGUAUGGAAGACGUUGCGUUUAUAUGAUCUGUCUUGUGUUUGGUAUGCUAGGCUCUUUAUGGUUUGCCAAGACAAAAAAUGCGCCAAACUCAAUUGCCAAUCAGGCAUUUGUAGGUAUUAGUGAAUCCGCCUCAGAAGCUCUAACCCAAUUUUCUCUAUCCGAAAUUGUUUUUGAACAUGAGCGUGGUAUAAAAAUUGGUAUUUACAUUCUUUCCACCUCCGUUGGUACGUAUCUCGGUCCCCUGGCGGCUGGAUACGUUGCCUCCUCUCAAGGUUGGCGCUGGAUUGGUUGGUGGGGGUUGAUUUGUUGUGCCAUUACCUUUGUUCUUUUCUUAUUCACUUUUGAAGAAACUGCGUUUGAUCGUACCAAAGCCUUUGAAAUUGGAAAACAACGAACUGUUGCGACUCAGGAAGGUGCCCAAAAGCUAGACGAAGAGAAAGAGGACGAUCAGCAGCUAGACGAAGAGAAAAAGGAUGAUCAGCAGCCUUCUUUAGAUACAGCCAAACACGAGGUUUCUGUAAAAGAGUUUACUGGCGCUUCCACAGAUUCAUAUAAACGUCCUUCUUAUUGGCAAAGAAUUGCCUUGUUCACCCCUGCGACAUCACUUUCUGGAUGGGGUUUCCGGCAGUAUGUAGUACGACUCGUCCAAACCCUGCGCAUUUUUCUUUUUCCUGCUGUCAUUUACUCAGGCUUACAAUGGGGCGCUCAAAAUGCUUGGCUAUCCUUUUAUUUAACUACGAUGGAAGAAGAUUGGAUGGAGGCACCUUAUAAUUAUGGUGACAAUGCUGUAGCGAUUAUGAACGUUCCACUUAUUAUUGGAGCCACCAUUGGGUGCUUUUAUGCCGGUUACUUGGGUGAUUAUAUAGUAAUUUGGUUUGCUAAGCGUAACAAGGGUGUUAAAGAAGCUGAGAUGCGUCUUUGGAUGAUGAUUCUUCCUUGUAUAAUUAAUCCUUUAGGUCUCUUCUUGUUUGGCAUUGGAACAGCCCGUCACUGGCAUUGGGCCCCAACCUAUGUUGGCUUGGGAUGUAUUGGUUUCGGAUGGGGGUGCGCUGGUGAUACCGCUAUGGCUUAUUUGAUGGACGCAUACCCUGGGAUGGUUUUAGAAGGCAUGGUGGCUGUGUCUGUAAUUAAUAAUACCUUUGGUUAUGUCUUUACAUUUGCUUGCCAAAGCUGGAUUGAUAGCAUUGGAACUGAAAAAACCUACAUUUCUAUUGGUAUCUUAUGCUUCUUCUUUAUUUUUACAUCUUUCUUUAUGAUUUUGUUAGGAAAACGGAUGCGAAAGAUAACCGCUAAGUACUAUUUCGCGUUCCUUCGUGUUCGCGGCCUUUUGGAUAAUCAAAAUAUGGAAGAAAACCAUGGAGCAGAUGAUGUCUAA